CUUGCCUGUGGCAACAGGUAGGCAUUAGUUUUCGCGAAUUUGUGACAAUUCUUGAGGUUUUUGGAAUUGCGUACGUUACUGCCAUGGUGAUAUGUGCUAUUUAUGAAUGUUGCAACACAGAAAAGGACCAUUUUGGAGGCGAAAAAGUUAGCUUUUACCGUUUCCCAAAAGAUUCCUGAAUGUAGGAAGUUGGUGAACAUCUGCAGAAAGAGUGUCCAUAUAAACACCAAAACCGCAAGAUUGUUAAGUUUAUUUUCAACGAAGCGAUUAUGCAAGAAACCUCAUGCAUGAAUUGCGUAACUCAUGCCCUGCAAAUGCAAGCAAAUUAAAAGAUGAAGCCACACUGAACCAACGUUUACCUCAGCAUGAUAGUGCCACUGUUGAUUCAGGAACAGGAGCAUGUGUUUUUGCAUCGUAGAAGAAUUUGAGGCUCGUGAGUUCAGUAUUAAAAACUUAUUCCCAAGACAUGUAAAAUUGGUUUCACCUAUAAGCCUUACGUGUAAAGGAAUACUACCGGCUUCCAAAAUUUAUUUAUAUGCAAUGCUGAGAGUACUGUGUACUAGAUGGCCACCUAAAAGAAGUAUUCAGUUGGGGAGUAUUCUUUCUUGUAAACAAAGACUGUCAAGACCUUCAAGAGCUCUAAGUGCUUCCAGUUUUCAUCCUAAGAAAUUUGAGUCUGAUAAGAAUAUACUAAACUCUUCCAAAGGAAAUGGCGAAUUUGAAAUUAUCUACAAGUUCCCAUAUAUUUCACUUGUUAGGGGAAUUUGCAGACUAAAAAUCUAUCAGUCUGCAGCAACUUUAGUUGCUCUUCCAGCUGUGAGUUACUUGACUUAUGAGGGUACACUUACUUACCAGGAUCUCAUUAUUACAUUGUCCAUCAGUGGAUUAGCAUUUUUCAUGCUUUUUGUUAUGGGAGAAUUAUUCCGUAAAGUUAUUGGUCAUAUAUAUUACUGCUCACAAAAGAAUUUAGUAAAGAUUUCACACUUAACUUUCUGGGGGAGACGUCAAGAUACUAUUGUACCUAGGGAGGACUUGGUGCCAUUUUCUGAUACAACAGAGCACUUGCGUGACAUUUAUAUUCGAGUACGUAGAUACUCGGAGCCUAGUAAGUCACAUUACCUGAGCCUGAGAUUUGGUGGAAUUACAGACUUGGAGAGUUUCAUUCAUGUUUUUGGAGAGCUAGAACACCCCUCUCAAAGAAACAGGUAA